GUUUUCUGAUUCGGUGUUGCCGGAUUCAUCUAUAUCUCGACAUCCAAAAUGUUUUCAAUAAGGCCAAUUGUCCGUCAGGGACUCAGAUUCCCCAAAUGGACACAAAUUCGCUCCGUGACCACGUUGGACGGCCGUCCGUACAUAUAUGUCUUCCCAAACGAAGUAGCCUCUGGCGAAAGCCAUGUCUUAUCCCUCCUGCCAUCGAAACCGACGAACUCCAACGUACCUAUCGGAAUUACAUCCAAAUUACCACCGACACCAGAAUCCUUCAAAGAGAACCCGGGUUUCUUGAGCAUCCUGCAAGAAGUUAUCUUGAAAUAUGCGCACGAAGACCCAGACAACAUCUCCCAGGCACAGAUGAUGAUAUCCACGUCUGGAGCCAAUCUGAGCUCCGGAGGGGUCCUGUUGACCGGUCAGAAAGCGCGGAGACGGCAGGCUAGUGCAGACUCAAGCGGUGGGGCCAGUGGUCAGGGUGGUGCUGGUGGUGCAGGACGAGGAGGCUGGAUACAUGUUUUUGAUGAGAGGAGGCCGCCUGAGUAUGGGCGGAUUCCAUGGCCCGAGGAUAUUUUCGGAAGUCUCGAAGUCGAUGGCGAGGGUAAAUUCGUUGAUGGGAAUGGGAAUUACCAACCGAGUGGUACCUAUCGAACCAUCACUCGAGACGGAAUUAUCGCACCGAGUCCGUUCCUCAGGAAAAAGUUGGUCCAGAGACUACAUGAAAUCGAAUCUCAAUAGGGAGAUUCUGUAUCAUAUUUGUAACGAUACGAAUAUUUUGUACUAUACUCUUGGUGAACCAUCCCAUAAACUGCUGGACAGUUCGCAUAACAUUGUCUCGAAAAUUAUGUUAGCGGUAAAAUCGAUACGCUAUAGGAACGCUAAUUGCACCCUAUUCCAAUCGCCAUU